CAAAAAAUAAGAGAAGGAAUUUUCAAGAUUUCUUGGAAGAGUCCAAAACAAUGUUAUAGGCCUAAUAUAAUACAAUGUUAUAAUGAACAUGUGGAAGAAAAUUGGCCAGAAAUCGCUGAAUCGUUCAAACUCAAGUGGUAUGAGAGCAGUUUUAAUAAAGAAGUUGAUCUUAGGAUUGAAAUUGUAUUUGCUCCAGCAAAAAAGCCCAAAAAUCUGGACAGUGUUAUCAUUCUGGCCAGUAAAGAUGGUGUAAACCAAAAAAUGAAGUUGAAAAAUUCAAAUUGGGAAGCUACCUUCAGUAACAAACAAGCACAACGAUGUUGCGGCAAAAGUGCAUUCAACUUUGAAUUGAUAAUUGAUUUAACAUCUGAUUCUAUGAUUUUGGUGAAAAAAGAAUCGAAGCAUGCCCUCGAUAACCUUCGGAAUCUUUGGAUUGAAAAGACUCUGGCUGACGUCACAUUCAAGUUUGAGGAAAAAGUAAUCAAAGCUCACAGUUUAAUUGUUGCCUCCGGAAGUCCCGUAUUUUGCGCCAUGUUCCAAAAUGACUUCCAAGAAAAGUUGGAAAAAAUUGUGGAAAUCAAAGAUAUCCAGCCGAACGUUUUCGAUCAUCUUCUUCGCUACAUCUACACGGGGGAUGCUGACCUUGACAACGUAGAUGUGGGUGGAUUGUUAGCGGCUUCCGAGAAAUACGGAAUGGAUUCUUUGAAAGAGGAGUGUGCAUUGCGUCUCUCACAAGAUCUCAACGUUGAAAAUGCCGUACGAAAUCUUGUCUUGGCUCACUUUCACAAUUUCCCCACUCUGCACCAAUCUACGUUGGAUUUCAUGUCGAAGAAUGCAAAGUUCAUUUGCGGCCGAGCAGACUGGCUGGAACUGAUCAAAAAUUAUCCGGACCUCAGCUUUGUGGCAAUGCAGAUGAUGGUGAUGGGCCCUGCUGUUGAUGAUGGAAAGUACAACAACAUUUGGUUUUAACAGGUUCCUUCAUUGAUGCACAUUUUAUGUAUCGUGUAAU